AUGUCCAUCGUGCUUGUUCCCGAUUCAAUUUCGUCUAAUCUUCUUAAUGGGAUCAAGGGCGAUAGUCAAAUGCGACUGCAUCUGUUUUCCUGUCGGCUGCUUUCAAGUGUUUUUUACUUUCAGUGUUCCCAUCUCCUAACGGUGGCACUUUCGGAUGCUCUAAAAAGAACGCAAAAUAACACAGUCUCGGAUCAAGCGUUGGUCCACGCUCUUGAAGUGCUCUUCGAAAUUGUCUAG